AUGCGGGCCGCGGGCCCCGGGCCGGGGAGCGGGGGCGCGCGGCCGGCCGCGGGCCCCGGGCCGGGGAGCGGGGGCGCGCGGCCGGCCGCGGGCCCCGGGCCGGGGAGCGGGGGCGCGCGGCCGGCCGCGGGCCCCGGGCCGGGGAGCGGGGGCGCGCGGCCGGCCGCGGGCCCCGGGCCGGGGAGCGGGGGCGCGCGGCCGGCCGCGGGCCCCGGGCCGGGGAGCGGGGGCGCGCGGCCGGCCGCGGGCCCCGGGCCGGGGAGCGGGGGCGCGCGGCCGGCCGCGGGCCCCGGGCCGGGGAGCGGGGGCGCGCGGCCGGCCGCGGGCCCCGGGCCGGGGAGCGGGGGCGCGCGGCCGGCCGCGGGCCCCGGGCCGGGGAGCGGGGGCGCGCGGCCGGCCGCGGGCCCCGGGCCGGGGAGCGGGGGCGCGCGGCCGGCCGCGGGCCCCGGGCCGGGGAGCGGGGGCGCGCGGCCGGCCGCGGGCCCCGGGCCGGGGAGCGGGGGCCCGCGGCCGCCGGGGAGCGGGGGCGCGCGGCCGGCCGCGGGCCCCGGCCCGGGGAGCGGGGGCCCGCGGCCGGGCCGGGGAGCGGGGGCGCGCGGCCGGCCGCGGGCCCCGGCCCGGGGAGCGGGGGGGAGCGGGGGCGCGCGGCCGGCCGCGGGCCCCGGCCCGGGGAGCGGGGGGGAGCGGGGGCGCGCGGCCGGCCGCGGGCCCCGGCCCGGGGUGCGGGGGGGAGCGGGGGGGAGCGGGGGGGAGCGGGGUCGCGCGGCCGGCGCGUAA